GCAACACUGGGAUUAUGUUGUUCUUAACUUUGUGAGAUGGGGAGAGUAUACGAUUUAGCGUUAUUACAGAAGUUUCGAAGAAAUUUGUUUAUUAUUUAUAGAUCAGAGUAUGAGGAAAUAUCUUUUACAUAUGACACAAUAUUGGGGACAGUGAGCGAGGUUUUGGAACAGUUCAAACUUUACAAUGUAAUUCCAAACGUAGGUAUUGCAUUGCAAAUACAAAGUCUGACAGCUUCUGGCAUUGUUCUACUACUUAGCAUCCUCAACUACAAUUGUUACUUCAUUCCAUUGCAUUACAAUACAGCGCAAUCACACUUCGAGGCUGUUUUGAAUGCACAUGGUGCAAAAUAUGUAAUAGCCGAUCUGAAGUAUGAUAAUGGAAAUUGUAAACAAAUAGGGUGUGUAACUGUUUUUCAUAACAAAAUGUAUAUUUAUGAAAAUACUAGUUUAAAGAAAAAUGCAUGUGUCGACGUUCCAAGCCUCUGUUAUAGUAUUGCUACGUCGGGGACUACGGGACUUCCAAAGAUCGUACAAGUGCCGUACUCUUGUAUGGAACCCAAUAUUGUCGCGAUCAGUACACAGUUAAAAAUAUCGGAAUCUGAUGUGAUUUAUUUAUGCGCCCCUUUCACAUUUGAUCCCUUCAUGGUGGAUUUAUUUUUGGCACUCAAUAGAGGAGCUACGUUGCUAAUCUCCGCACCAACUUUACGAUUAAACCCAAAUAAAUUAAUAAAGAUUUUAUGGCCAAAACUUCUAGAUCACGACAGAUCUUUAUUAAGAGAAAAUUCGAAUUGCAUAGGUGCGACCUUUUUACAGGCAACUCCUUCAUUUUUCCGUCUAUUUGGUGAUGCUGCCAUAAAGGAUGUGAUCUUACACGAAAGUAAUUCCUUGCGAUGCUUAGUUUUAGGUGGGGAAGAUUUUCCCACAAGAUUGGAAUGGAACUCUUGGUUGCCAUCUGCGCCAAUAAAUAAGCGCAUAUUUAAUAUUUACGGAAUAACGGAGUUGUCGUGCUGGUGUACAAUGCAUGAAUGCAAUUUUAAUGAUGGCUGGGAACGAGCUCCUCUUGGUGCGCUACUCGACAAUCAGACUAGUCUUCGCAUAAUCGAUAAGAGUGGUAUGGAGUUAUCUGGAGUAUGCGAGGGACAAUUGGAGAUUGGUAGUGCGACUCGAAAGUGUUAUAUUCCUUCCAUAGAUGGCCAGUUCAGUCAUGAGAGCACUGAAUUGUGUUUCCGCGCUACUGGUGAUGUGGUCCGUCAGGAUGAAAGUGGAAAUGUGUUCUAUUUAGGCAGAAUAGACAGCAUAAUUAAGCGAAGGGGCGUUCGCUUAAAUCUAGAAAUUCUGCAGCAAAAUAUACAGAUGUUAUUAAAGACUGAACCUAGAAAUAUUAAAUGUGUCUGGCAAGAAGAAAUGCAAAAGCUCAUUUGUUUUAUAGAAACUAGUGCAGAUUACCCUAACUCCGGACCGAUGCAUAUCCGACGACUUUUGUCAGAAAACUUGAUAGAAAUAAAGCGACCUGAUGAUAUAAAAUUUAUUCGCAAAUUUCCCCUAAACUCACACGGAAAAGUAGAUAUUCGUUGUAUGCUUUCACAAAUUGCCGAAGACACAUGCCAACAAUCGGUAAAGCCAGUAGAAAUUUUACAGAGUUUUAUUAUAGAAACUUUGGGAUUUGAUCCAUUGAACCCAAUCUCGGAGGUGCCCAGAAUUAGUACCAGCAAUAAGCCGGAUCCUAUUUUGUCAUUUACAGCUGCAGGUGGCACAUCUUUCCAGGCAAUCGUGUUGGCUAGUGAAAUUGGUCCGAUGUUGGAGCACACCAGCGAUCGUAGUGAAUUAUUAGGAAUGUUACUAAACCCACAACAGUCGCUAAUAUCUAUUAAGGACUUUCUGGUAUCAUGCUCAUUAUCAAAAACUCAAAUUAUAUCUAAAGUACAAUCCAAUAAGCGAAAUUAUUGUCUUGCAAAAAAUUUUAAGUUUCUUUGGCGUACUAGUCUUAAUAAAUGUGUGGAUUCAUCUCCAAUCAUUGUUGGAAAUAAAUGGAUAUGUGUUGGUUCACACUCGCAUAUUUUAGCAACACUUGAUGGCAGACAAGGGAAUCCCAUAGCUGUACUGGAGCUACCGGAUCGAAUAGAGUGUAAAGUGGAAGUGGCUUUGAAUGAUAAAAAUCCCUAUAUGGCGUUCGUGGGUUGUUAUGAUCAUUAUUUGUAUGCUUUUAACUACACAAAUGGUCGUAUUUACUGGCGAAUAGACAUGAGCGGAAUCAUCAAAGCGAAACCUUUAAGCUGCAAAUCCGGGCUUAUCGUAGCUACUUACGGCAAGACAUUCAAUGUGUUUUGCGUUUGCUUAAAGACACAAAAUUAUAUUUGGCGUCAAAAAGUCGGUGCGAUAGGUAUCUUUGCCAGUCCAGUAUUGAUAAAUGAUGCUGCAAUGAUAAUUUGUGCUCUGGAUGGUACUUAUUGCAGCGUUAGUGCAGAUUCUGGUAAAUGCCAGUGGUUACAAAAGUGUGGUUCACCUAUCUUUUCAACACCUAUUGUAAUCAGCGAGGAAAACAUAAUUAUUUUAGCCGAAGUUGUAGGAAAGGUGCACAUUUGUAAUACAGAAAGCGGAGAAGUGAUAAAAACAUUCUGUGCUGGAUCUUCAAUUUUUUCUGGUUUAACUACAAUACCUGAUAUGAAUAGCAAAGUACAAGGGAAUGAUACAAGGUCGACAAAAAUUUUGUUUGGUUGCUACGAUAAGAAUGUGUACUGUUUACAGUACAUGAAUGCAGCUGAUGAAAACCAGCAAAGUACACCUGUAUUACACCUACUAUGGAAGAUGAAAAUUGCGACCUGCAUCUUUCCCACCGCACGACACAUGCACACUCGAGGCGUCUUGGCAAAAUGCUUGUACCAAGCAUAAUAUGACAUAUAUUUUAAUGAAAAUUUUUUAAAAGACUGUUUAAAUAUAUAACAAUAUCAAUCGAAUAUUUCUUUCCUUCCCAAAAAAAUCCACGAAAAAAUCGAUUUUUGAAACCUCUAAAGCAGGCUUCCACUUGUCUAUUUCGAUUAUCGCGUUCAGAUUAUAUACAAGUUUAGCGAAACUUUCGUAUAAUACGAAAUUAGUUCACAAAGAAUUUCGUCAUAUAUUAUAUUUUGCAUCCUUUGCUUAAUAUACAUAUGUAUGUGUUUUGUUCCUAAAGUUCAUUGCUCUCCAGUAUUCCGUUAUAGUACUAUCCCUUCAUAUCUUGUUGUUGUAGCAGCAUAAACAUUCCCCAUACUUACAUACGGGGAAUGCUGCUGGAGUGACAGUCCUUGACCGGAUAUAAAUCCGGGUCGUUUCGGUAACGUAGAACCGACUGUCGUGGAAACGAUACCACUCUGAUACCACUACUACUAUCUUACCUUGGUUUGAUAUAACAACUCGUCUUGCCCGUAAAUAAAUGUUUGAAAUUAGUAUAGCAAAACACGAGCUGAUGUCACUAAAACAUCAUAUUCACGAAAAACGAGGUAGCGGCCUACGAAUGGCGCCACCUGUGCAUUCUCUACAUCGUGGCAGGUUACUAUUUUGUCAAUGUGCGGCGGAACAGAUAUGACAGGGCCGUGCCAAUGUUUGCGGGGAAUGCAUAAGAAUGCCGCUACGUCAAAAGAUAUUUAAUGGCAUUAGUUAUCACGUUUAUAAAGGGUGGUUAAAUUUCAAGGGCCGAUGUUGAAUGUGAACCACACCUAAACGUCAAGGACACCGUUGGACUUCUUUCUUUGGGGUUAUUUGAAAGAAAAGGUCAUCGUCAUCGAAAAUUUGGACAUUCCGAGGCCAUUUGGCCGAUAUUUUAUUCCAUAUUUUAUUCCGUAAUUGAGCCAUACCAAUAUUAUCAUAAUGAAGAGAAAUUACAAUAAUUUCCUAAAAAAAUGUAUUUUAUUCAAAGUCAACACCGACCCUUGAAACUUAACCACCCUUUAUAACUCAUUCAAGUGUUUCUUAUAUGAUGAUUUGUAGAAAAGUAUGUUAUAUAACACCUAGUAGUGAACCCUAAACCUCAUCAAAAAAAAUUAAAAAAGAAAAAUCACAACUUCACUAUUUAGGUGGAAUAAUUUAACUGUUACCUAAUUGGUAUAAAAUAAAAUAAAAUACCGUAUUUGCUUUAUUUAUGGAUGAAGUUUAUUUAGUAGAACACAAAUUGUUGGCAAAUUGAAUAAUGUAUAAACCUGUAUCAGCGAUUUUUAAUGGUGACCACUCGACACUUGGCCUAAUUAUGUGUUUCGAACGGUCAUUGGAGCCAUCGAACGCUGUCCGUAAGUGGUUUUACCGUAGUUUUGCUCAUUCAUUGUGAGUCGCCAUUCCUAUUUACUUGCCAGGAGGCCAGGAGGCCAGCUGAACAUUUGUACAUUCAAAUUACCCCCAAAAAACAGGCAUCACGCACUAAACUCAUAUUUUUGGACUGUUUCGUCAAAAUAAAAUAAAUGCACAGGUGAUCGGGAUGUGGUUUUAGAAGCUGUGCUAAAGUCUUGAGCAGACAAACAUUUCGGCCACAGACCGUAAACCUUUUGACAGGACUCAGCAUCACCACACAAAGCACGCGCCAAUGAAGAAUGGCUUAAAAACAAACUUAAUUUCGCCGACAAAAUGGCAAUCGGGUUUCCUAAAAUGCAAAUCCGCUGGAUUUUUCUUUGUGAGGUAUUUUAAAGACCAAAGUUGGCUCUAAAGAGCAAAUGGCCGAUGGCUUCACAGGCUGUUUUAAAGCUAUAAUUCAGGCCAAAAGUGACCACAUGGAAAAAAGCUGAUACGGUUUUUUAAAGGAAUUCAUUUGUCAACAAUUUAUGUUUUAUUGAAUAAAGUUCAUUCAUAAAUUAAGCAAAUAUGGUAUUUUUGAAAAGUGGGAAAGACACAUGCGAUAUUUAUUGAAUAAAUUGUGACAAUGGAUAUUAAAAAAUAAAUGAAUACAUUAAACUUCAUUCUUUUUGGAUCUACAGUACGGCCAAACAACAUUAAAAUUAAAUUUUAUUUUCUAAAGAGUAUAGACUUACAACGUCUAUAGUAGCUAAGAAUAUUUGUGUGUGACAUUGUACAUACAUACAUCAUAAAUUGUUGCAUGUAAGUUUUUACAAGAAUGGUCAAUUUCAUUUUGCAUUUCUGGACGAUUCCAUGGUGAAAUGCAUUCAGAAGGUGUGGCAAAUAUCAGACCAUUAAUCGAACUUCAGUGAAUUUGAAGGAAUCGGCUGAUUUGCUGACGUAACAAGUGAUGAUGGCCAACACUGCUGCAGAACAUUGCACGAACUAGAAGCCGCCUCUUGCCAGAAUGUGACAUCGCGGUUGGAACUUUUACUUCGUUGGGUAUUUCAUAGUUUAUUAGAAAGACGAAUUGGUUUAAUCAUAUUGAGGAUUAGAGGGGAAACUUGAGCCCAAACUAGUGGUAUCCCAAUGAGUCUCCAAACUUAAGUAAACUCCUCCUCAUCUUCUAGGAGAGUAGCAACCACCCGAACCUAGCAGUUCUGCUAAUGUUGCCGACACCGCCACCAUUACCGGCACUCUUAAUGAAUUAGAGGAGUUGGAGGAUCGGGCCUCAACACAGAGACUAUAUCGCAUGGACUUUAGCGACAUAGAGCACGUGGUGCCUA